AUGACCGACGCUCUCUCAUCAUUGCCUACGGGGACGUACCCGCUCACCUUUGGCGCGACGGCCAAGCAUGCGCUCGCCGGCGGCGAGGGCGGCGACAUCCCCGCCUCCGUGACGCAGCGAACAACAGGCGCCGUCGAACAGGGUCCCAAUGGGCGUGUUGUGUCCUUCGACACCAGCAGAGGAAACGGCCAAGAGCCGCGAGUGCGUACUCGUUUGGGAUGGCGAGCGAGAAGUGAGUCCAUUGUUACCUCGCCUUGGACUUUGCCAGGAGUUCUUCGAGCUCUUACUCCUCAUGAUCUCGCAGCUGACCGUCAGUGCUACGUGCUGCACGCGCUUCCGACCACCUGGCACCUGACCCAAAACCGCACGCUUUCUGCGCAGCGCGCCGAAGGACCCUUCGCCGCCCGUGCCCCGAGUCCGCCGCCAGCAGUCCCUUCGAAGCGCAAGCCUGCUCAGACCGGAGCACUCCCGUCAGCCGCGACCGUCGACGUGCCCAAGCGUGCGAAGAAGGCUGCUAAGCCGAAGAAGGCCGCUGCUCCGAAAGCGGCUCCCGCUUCCAAGCCCGCUACAGCGCCGAAGCUUCCGACGACCAAAAAGGCUGCUGCGCCCAAGAAGGCCCCCGCUAAGAAAGCUGCCACGAAGGGCAAGCAGGCGACGCCAAGCAAGGUCAAGAGCGCCGAGUACAUCGAGGACUCGAGCCCGGAGCCGGAACCCACGAGCGAGAUGCAGGACGACGGCGGCAUGGACGACAUGGACGAGUUCGAAGACAUGCUCGGCAAGGCGAUGGAGGAAGACGGCGAGGACGAGUUCGAGGAGGAGUUUGAGGAGGACGAGGACGACGAGCUCGGCGGCGCGCAACUGGGUGCGGGCGGCUACGCUAACGACGACGUCGAGUACAUCUAG